UCCAAACCCCAAUCCACUAGGUCAGUUUUAUUCUUCCCGUUUUACAGAGAAAGACAAGAAAGGUUAAGUCACAUAGAUGGAACAGGCUGAUGCCAGAAUGGACACCCUCAACUUCCUCAGCCGCCCCCAGGUUGACUCCAUCACCGAGAGCCAGGGUCCCAGUGCCCCCAGGCUCUAGGAGCUGCUAUUUGGCUGGGGCUCCCAGGAGAAGGUGAAGCUUAAUGAUUUAUGGGUGAUUAGCUGCAAGAAUGCAAACGCAGAAGACACAAACCUUUAUGCCCUGGAAAUCUGUCACAAGCCAACCAGUUGUUUUCCAUCCCUGUGAAGCAGGAGUAAUUGGAGGUCUGACAGAAGAACUUCCCAGUUACCACAAGGAGCAGCACUCAUGCACUCUUAGUUUUGUGUGAGGUAUUGCCCCUGCCUUGGUCAACAGUUUGAGUCAGAGAGAGGGGCACUGGGCACAAUCCCCACCAGAGGUUCCCAUUCACAAGACCCCGUGGGGGCUGGGAGAGGCCCUGGGGCAGCAGCCCUGGGGUAACCAAGGGAACAAACACGGAAAACCAGGGACGUCAGUCCUUAUCUGGAGCUCAUUAAAUGGGGAACAUCAGUCAGCUGUGAAGGCUAAGAUAGGGUGAUAGGCACGUGGGUGGGCUGGGAUGGGGCAUGGGGGCAGAGGCCGCCAUGGAGAAGCAGUAUUGGCCUCAACAACUCCACCUCCCCACCACGUGCCCAGAUCCGGGAUGGAAGUACCCUAUAAAUGCCCACAACCCAGCCUCCCCAGAGGCCUUGAGAAAGAGAGCGGUAGAGAGCGAAAGAGAGUGCCCAGAGCCUCCUGGCCCUGAGACGGCCGGGCCAGCCACGCAGGACUCCGCAGCAUGUGGGAGCUCCGCUCCAUAGCCUUCUCCAGGGCCGUGUUCGCAGAGUUCCUGGCCACACUCCUCUUCGUCUUCUUUGGCCUCGGCUCGGCUCUCAACUGGCCACAGGCCCUGCCCUCUGUGCUACAGAUCGCCAUGGCAUUCGGCUUGGGUAUUGGCACCCUGGUACAGGCUCUGGGCCACGUAAGCGGGGCCCACAUCAACCCAGCCGUGACUGUGGCCUGCCUGGUGGGCUGCCAUGUCUCCUUUCUCCGAGCCACCUUCUACGUGGCUGCCCAGCUGCUGGGGGCUGUGGCUGGAGCCGCUCUGCUCCAUGAGAUCACGCCAGCAGACAUCCGCGGGGACCUGGCUGUCAAUGCUCUCAGCAACAGCACGACAGCUGGCCAGGCGGUGACUGUGGAGCUCUUCCUGACGCUGCAGCUGGUGCUCUGCAUCUUUGCCUCCACCGAUGAGCGCCGUGGAGAGAACCCGGGCACCCCUGCUCUCUCCAUAGGCUUCUCCGUGGCCCUGGGCCACCUCCUGGGGAUCCACUACACCGGCUGCUCUAUGAAUCCCGCCCGCUCCCUGGCUCCAGCUGUCGUCACUGGCAAAUUUGAUGACCACUGGGUCUUCUGGAUCGGACCCCUGGUGGGCGCCAUCCUGGGCUCCCUCCUCUACAACUACGUGCUGUUCCCGCCAGCCAAGAGCCUGUCGGAGCGCCUGGCAGUGCUGAAGGGCCUGGAGCCGGACACGGACUGGGAGGAGCGCGAGGUGCGGCGGCGACAGUCGGUGGAGCUGCACUCGCCGCAGAGCCUCCCACGGGGCACCAAGGCCUGAGGGCCGUCAGCGGCCUCUACGGCCCCGAUGGACGCGUGUGAGGCCCGAGGCAGAAGGGCCCACCCCGUCCCUCCUCUCCCCCAGGUCUGAAGUUGGCCCCCAGCGCAGAGUAGCUGCUUCCUGUACGUGCGCGCCGAGGCCAGUGCUGUGAGCAGGCGUAGACGAGGCUGCCGGAGGGAGCCCUGAGCCUGGCAGGCCCCCUGCCCUGAGGCUGUGAGCAGCCAGUAGUGGAUCCUCCAGCCUUUUGCAGGGAACUGGGAACUUGGGGGACUGAGCUGGGGAGGGAGGCAGGUGGGUGGUAAGAGCGAAACUCUUGAGAGCCUGCACCCAGGUACCGGGUAGGGAGUGUACAGACCCCUGCCUUGGGGGUACUGGAAAGAGUGCAACUGGUUUUAUUAGUGUGCAAGUGUGUUCAUCCCCGAGUUCUCCUUUGUCCUCACAUGCAGGGUUGUGCAUGCCCCUGAGUGUGAACAGGUUUGCCUACGUUGGUGCAAGUGUGCACGGCUGGGGAAUUCUCACUUCCCCUUGCACCCCUUCCUCCCCAACCUGCAAUAAAUCCACUUCUGCAGUGGAUGAGUGUGGGUGCCAGUCAUCCUCAGGGGAAGGGAAGGAGGCCACUUUGAGAGGGCUGAAGGGAGGGCCUUGAUUUCCAGCUGCAAUCUGGCUCCUCCUGGAAAAUGUCCCCUACCUGCAGCGCUGGGCCCCAAGGCUUGCCAAGACUCAUUGCUGGAGGUAGAGAGGUGUCAACCAGAGAACAGCUCCCCUAGAAAUGGCCUCUGGAAAAAGGAAAUCUUUGGUGACCAAAGAUUUCCUUUCUGUGGUGAGGGAGAACCUCUCCAAAGAGAAAGCAGGCAUAUGAGUGUGCACACCUUCACGUGUGUGUACGCUGUGUGUGCCCAGGACCCCCGUCUCCAGGGGUGCCCCAGAUCCAGAGAUUAGCCUCCCACUUCGGCAGAGAAAACAAAAGCGCUUUGUGGGACCCGGGCCUUUGUCUUGGGAGAGGGGGAGAUUUGCAACUAGACACUUCUUGAAAGGAGACACUCACUUUCCCAAGUCAGCCCUCUUGCCCAGCACACACCUAUGGCUGGCUGGGCAAGGCACUCAGGCAUGCAACCAUGGGCACCAGGCAACACCCCUUCAUCACCCAUCUCAUUCUCCCCAGUCCUCGGGCAGCAGCUCCUCCGCCCCAGGAACCUCUGUUCCUUCUCUCUCUGCCUCUCCACAGCCUGUGAUUCCCUGCUUCUGGCUCCUACCACUGAACAGUCAUUGUGGAUAGAGCAGCCUGUUGCGCUCAGGACCAGGGAAGGGAAAUGACUUCUCCAGGCAGAGGCAGAUCUGAGUCUAGAACCCAGGCUUCUAAAUUUCUAGGCCAGUAUGACUGUUCUCAAAUGAGAUUAACCAGGAUUAAGUGAGAUGACGCAUGUAAAGAUGCUGUGUAAACUGUAAUUCUUAAUACCAUUAACACGCAUUACUAGAAUCAUUUUCAUUAUUUCUGCUUCCUGGGGGAAGGAUGCAGAAGGAGUUUGAUGCUCAACAUCCCUUACCUCCUUUCACUGAUGGCCAAAGCAAAGGAGAGUCCUGGGAGCCUGCAAGAUCCAGGCAGAAGGAGAUGGGUUUGGGGCUGGCCCCAUCCUGGUCCAGCCUCUUAACCUCUCCUUACCCUGCAUGUGUGCCCUAUCUUUUCUCCCACCUCCUUCCUCCCACCACCCAGCCCCAUCCAUUCUCUCCUUCCCUCUCCAGCCUGCUGUAUAAGUAAUAUGUGGGUCAUACCUUGAAGCCCCCACCCUCAUGCUCUCUGUGGCCUCCAUGCCUUCAAGACUUCUGUCUAUAUCUAGCUCACACUGCACCAAGCACCCACUGUGCACCAGGCACUGAGUCUCUAGCCUCUUUCUCCCUUCUGCUUCCAUCCAAGAAAGACAGUGUAUAAGGAACAUCUCUGUAAUUGUGUCCCCUCUGAUCUAUGCUCUUUACUGUCUUCCUUGACCAAAGCUCUCUUUGAGGUCAAAAAAAGGCUGCCCCAGGCCAUAGGUGCUAUGGAGAGGACUCUCCCAAACCCCCAAUAGCUAGUGACAGCCACUUGGCCUCACUACCAGAAGAGUGGGGGAGUCAGAAACCAAAGUGACCUCCACAGCUGUCCUCCUGGCACCUGAGUGUCCUUGCUCUAGAGGUUCAAAGGCAGCAAGGCAGUGAGCUAUGAGCCUAUCAUGGAUGUGUCUCAGGCACCUCGUCCCCACCCCACCUACCCCAACAAACUCCUCUAGAAGAAGCCAAGAAUUUAUCUCUAUGUCUGUUUCACUUCUUGGAUUGCAUCUCCCCCAAAACUAAAUAUGAAAUCCCUACCACUUCCAACUUCUAUUGCCCAUUGGGGUCAGAGGUCAAAAAAGGAUUCCAAGUGAUGGAACUCCAGGGGUGAAGGGAAAUUGGCAGUUCCUGGCAUCUCUUAUGUACCAGCUGCUGUGCUGGGUGCCUUGCAUGCAAGGGUUCAUCUAAUCUUCCUCAAACUUCUGAUAGGUUAGGGAAGGACAAAGGCCCCCAGCCAUAAAGAGUUUUGCUAUUUCCAAAGCUUCCCCUUAUCAUCCCCUGUGAUUAUCUCCCAACCUUGUGACAAAGGUAGAGCAAAUAUUGUUCUUCCCAUUUUACAGGUUCAGAAACCAAGGCUAAGAGACUGGUCUAAAGUCUCACAGGUUCUUUGUCCUGUCUACCCUGCUGCCCUCGCCAAGGUUCUCUGUCCACUGCAAGACAGUGGGUUGGGUUGGAAAGGUCUAGCCAUGUGUUCUGGCUUCUGCAAGGGCCUCCCAGGAGGAGCCUAGGAUUUGCCUCAGUGGAAAAAUCAUGGGAUUUUGCAUAAAAAGCUCUGAGUUCAAGUCUUGGCUCCACUAUACACUACCUGUGGGGCUGGUUUCUGCCCUUGAAGAGCACCUGGUUAGUCAGAGAACGGAGAUCACUCACACCAAACCAUACAGGCAGGGCAGCGUGGAGACAGGUGGACAGACCUCCAGGUCCCCAAGCUGGGCACAGAGAAGGUUGUGAGCUGUCCCAUACUCCCACUUUGUACCAAAUGACUUUGCACCUGCAAAUGGUGCUUCAAUGUUGUUUUGUAUCUUUAAGCUGUGAUGUUGUAUAUAUAUGAUGCCUCCCAGCUAAACUGUAAGCCCUUUGGGGACAGGGCUGCUUUCAGUUCUUAGAUGGCAUUCUCCUAUCUACCUUCCUUCAACUGCUCUGCAUAUAAUAAGCACUCAAUAAAUGCUCAUUUGCCAAUAA